AUGGCGGCCACCAGCUCCCUCGACCACCUGACCAACCGUAUGAAGCUGGAGUGGCACUCCAAGCUGAACACCGAGAUGGUCCCUGCGAAGAACUUCCGUCGUACUUCUAUCAUUUGUACCAUCGGCGAUUCAUCAGGUCCUAAGACGAACUCCGCAGAGAAGAUCAAUGCUCUCCGCACAGUUGGUCUUAACGUUGUUCGCAUGAACUUCUCCCACGGUUCAUAUGAGUACCACCAAUCUGUCAUUGACAACGCUCGCGAGGCCGCCCGUACCCAGACUGGUCGCCCUCUCGCCAUUGCUCUCGAUACCAAGGGCCCCGAGAUUAGAACUGGUAACACCGUUGAUGAUAAGGAUAUCCCUAUCAAGGAAGGCACCGAGCUUAACAUCACUACCGAUGAGGCAUAUGCCCUUGCCAGUGAUGAUAAGAACAUGUAUCUGGACUACAAGAACAUCACCAAAGUGAUUUCUCCUGGCAAGCUCAUCUAUGUCGAUGACGGCAUUCUGUCUUUCGAGGUGAUUGAGGUGGUUGAUGAGAAGACUCUUCGGGCCAAGUGUCUGAACAACGGUAACAUCUCAUCUCGCAAGGGUGUCAACCUGCCAGGCACUGAUGUAGACCUCCCCGCUCUCUCGGAGAAGGAUAUUGCCGAUCUGCGGUUCGGUGUCGAGAACAAGGUCGAUAUGAUCUUCGCCUCAUUUAUCCGUCGCGGCAGCGACAUCAAGCACAUCCGUUCCAUUCUCGGCGAGGAUGGCAAGGAGAUCCAGAUUAUCGCUAAGAUUGAGAACCAGCAGGGUGUCAACAACUUUGAUGAGAUUCUUCAGGAGACCGAUGGUGUGAUGGUCGCUCGUGGUGAUCUUGGUAUCGAGAUCCCCGCCCCCAAGGUUUUCCUUGCCCAGAAGAUGAUGAUCGCCAAGUGCAACAUCAAGGGCAAGCCCGUCAUUUGUGCCACUCAGAUGCUGGAGUCCAUGACAUACAACCCCCGUCCCACUCGUGCUGAGGUGUCCGAUGUUGCCAAUGCCGUCCUCGACGGUGCCGACUGUGUCAUGUUGUCUGGUGAGACUGCCAAGGGUAACUACCCUUGUGAGGCCGUUAAGAUGAUGUCCGAGACUUGCUUGCUGGCCGAGGUUGCCAUUCCUCACUUCAAUGUCUUUGACGAGCUGCGCAACCUUGCUCCUCGUCCCACUGACACCUCCGAGUCCAUUGCCAUGGCCGCUGUUAGCGCCAGUCUGGAGCUGAACGCCGGUGCCAUUGUCGUUCUGACCACCAGUGGAAAAACUGCCCGUCUUCUGUCGAAGUACCGUCCCGUGUGCCCCAUCCUGAUGGUCACUCGCAACGAGACUGCUGCUCGCUACUCCCACCUGUACCGCGGUGUGUGGCCGUUCUACUUCCCCGAGACCAAGCCUGACUUCAACGUCAAGAUCUGGCAGGAGGAUGUCGACCGUCGCCUCAAGUGGGGUAUCAACCACGGUCUCAAGCUUGGUAUCAUCAACAAGGGUGACCCCAUUGUCUGCGUCCAGGGAUGGCGUGGUGGUAUGGGCCACACCAACACUGUUCGUGUGGUGCCCGCCGAUGAGAACCUCGGGUUGGCCAUGGAGUAA